CUGACAUUCAGUUUCACGCUAUCUCUAUCCCAAACGUAUCCAGGGAAGCCGAGCUAUCCGGGACGGUCUUGUACUGUUUAUCCGCCGGACUGGACAGAUGCAGUAUAAAUACCGUUCGCAGCCCUGGCGUACUUCCCCAAGCAUACCGCGAGGUCUAUUGCUUUUUCUCAACACUUGCCUCUCUUCGCAUCUAUUACUAUCAUGGGUCAUCCCGAAGAGGUCGAUGUCGUCGUAUGCGGUGGUGGUCCCGCAGGAUGCGUUGUGGCGGGCAGGCUCGCAUUCGCUGACCCUACUCUCAAGGUCAUGCUCAUCGAAGGUGGUGCGAACAACCGCGACGACCCUUGGGUGUACCGCCCCGGUAUCUAUGUUCGCAACAUGCAGAGAAACGGCAUCAACGACAAGGCAACGUUCUACACCGACAGCAUGGCUUCCUCACACCUCCGGGGUCGUUGCAGCAUUGUUCCCUGCGCGAACAUCCUCGGUGGCGGUUCCAGUAUCAACUUCCAGAUGUAUACCCGUGCCUCGGCGUCGGACUGGGACGACUUUAAGACCGAGGGGUGGACUGCCAAGGAUCUCCUGCCGCUCAUGAAGAGGCUCGAGAACUACCAGAAGCCAUGCAAUAACGACACCCACGGCUACGACGGCCCGAUUGCCAUCUCGAACGGUGGGCAAGUUAUGCCAGUCGCCCAGGACUUCUUGAGGGCCUCCCAUGCUAUUGGUGUGCCAUACAGCGAUGAUAUCCAGGAUCUCAAGACAGCCCAUGCUGCUGAGAUCUGGGCCAAGUACAUCAACCGUCACACUGGUCGCCGCAGCGACGCCGCUACUGCGUACGUUCACUCCGUCAUGGAUGUCCAGGACAACCUCUUCCUCCGUUGCAACGCUCGCGUCAACCGCGUCCUCUUCGACGACAAUAACAAAGCCGUCGGCGUUGCCUACGUUCCCUCCCGCAACCGCACCCAUGGCGGUCAGCUCCAGGAGACCAUUGUCAAGGCGCGCAAGAUGGUUGUCCUCAGCUCUGGUACUCUGGGUACACCUCAGAUCCUUGAGCGCUCCGGUGUCGGCAGCGGCGAGCUCCUUCGUCAACUCGGCAUCAAGGUCGUCAGCGACCUCCCGGGCGUCGGCGAAGAGUACCAGGACCACUACACUACUCUUUCUAUUUACCGUGUCUCCAACGAGACCAUCACUACCGACGACUUCCUCCGUGGCGUGGAAGAAGUGCAGCGUGAGAUAUUCCAGGAGUGGGAGGUCUCACCAGAGAAGGCCCGCCUUUCGUCCAACGCUAUCGAUGCUGGCUUCAAGAUUCGUCCGACCGAAGAGGAGUUGAAGAGCAUGGGCCCGGAGUUCAACGAGCUUUGGGACCGCUACUUCAAAGACAAGCCCGACAAGCCCGUCAUGUUCGGCUCCAUCGUUGGCGGUGCCUACGCCGACCACACCCUGCUGCCACCUGGCAAGUACAUAACCAUGUUCCAGUACCUCGAGUACCCGGCGUCUCGUGGGAAGAUCCACAUCAAGUCGUCGAACCCGUACACCGAACCCUUCUUCGACUCGGGCUUCAUGAACAACAAGGCCGACUUCGCUCCCAUCCGCUGGAGCUACAAGAAGACCCGUGAGGUCGCGCGCCGUAUGGAUGCCUUCCGUGGCGAGCUUAUAUCGCACCACCCGCACUUCCACCCAGCUUCGCCCGCAGCGUGCAGGGACAUCGACAUCGAGACCGCGAAGCAGAUUUUGCCCAAUGGCCUCACCGUUGGCAUCCACAUGGGCUCGUGGCACCAGGCUACUGAGCCGUUCAACGCCAAUAAAGUACACGAGGACAUCCAAUACACCUCUAAGGACGACGAGGCCAUCGACGACUGGGUCGCUGACCAUGUGGAGACCACCUGGCACUCGCUCGGUACCUGCGCCAUGAAGCCCCGCGAGCAGGGCGGCGUCCUCGACAAGCGCCUUAACGUCUUUGGCACUGAGAACCUCAAGUGUGUCGACCUCUCCAUCUGCCCCGACAACCUUGGCACCAACACCUACUCGUCUGCCCUCCUCGUCGGUGAGAAGGGCGCCGCCCUCAUCGCUGAGGAGCUCGGCAUCAAGAUCAAGACGCCGCAUGCGCCUGUUCCGCACGCGCCCGUCCCGGCUGGCCGCCCUGCCACCCAGCUCGCCCGGUGAAGUCGCUCCUGAUGUCAGGUACAUGGUGGUGUCGGAACAAGGUUAAGCUCAUCGCUUGGAAUUAUUAUGAUGUUGUACCAUUAGCAAGGCUUGUAACAUUAUCACUCGGAAUCACAAUGUACAUUCUA